CGAUUGCGAACCAAAAUAAGAUUACUAAAGAGGAGCUUACCAACUAUAAUGGCUUUAAUAUUGAUGGUGUUCAUAUUAAAGUUAUUAGUGGGCAAGAGGAAGCUCUUUAUGCCUGGAUUACUGCUAACUAUUUAGAUAAAAAACUUAAUAAAGAGCUCACUGUGGGCGUUUCAGAAAUGGGCGGAUCCUCACUUCAACUCGCUUACCAAGUUAAAGAUGUAAAAGGAAGCCCAGAGAAUAUCGUCCACUUAAAGUUAGGUUCUGGUCAUAACUACCACGUGUUUACCGCCUCCUUCGACGAUUAUGGCUCUGAUAGUGUAUAUAAUAAAUAUGUUCAAGCAUUAAGUAAUCAACUUAAAGAUGAAGAAGCGAGUUACUGUUUCCCACCUGGUUUUAACUUCACCGAAGAACAAUCAACUAAAAGCGUUUCAAAAGACCCCCAGGGAAAUUUUGAGAACUGUAGCCGCAGCUUAAAGAGUAUUCUUGACUUAAACUGCAUUCAGGCACAAUGCUCCAUCAAUGGUAAAAGUCUUCCUCCCUUUGAUGCCAAUAUGAAAAUCUAUGGAUUAGCGUCUUUUUAUUAUAUUACUAACGAUUUUAAAGCUUAUGAUGAAGAUAAUAAGCUAAAUAAGAGUAAAUUCGUUGACGAAGCCACUAAAUAUUGCAGUACUCAAUGGGAAGAAAUACAAAAAAUGACAAAAAUUCGAUAUCGUGAAAAAACGUGUUUGAAGGCGAGCUAUAUUAACCUGUUGCUUGAGAAGGGCUUUAACAUUACACAAGGAGCAGAGUUUUAUACAGUCCAGAAUGUUAAUGAUCUCAAAGUGAGUUGGACUUUGGGAGCUUUACUUCACGCACUUAAUGCUGAAGAUUAACUAAUGUUU